GCUCUUCUCUCCUCCCCUCUCAUCCCUCAUCCACACUCACUAAAAGGUCAUGGCAGAGGGAGCUGAUCCCCUCUGGGUGUUCCUCUUUUAUUCCGGCCUUUUCGAUUCUCUUUUCUGGAACGUCUGAUGUCACGCCAAAGGAAUUCCAUCCAUCCGUUCCUGAGUCCUGAGUCCUACUACUGAGUCCCAUGGUCCCCAAACACCCUGCACUCACAAACACACACACACACACAAUUCUUUAGGGGUCAUGCCCUAAAAUGGCAUCGGAAGUUCUUCUUCAUCUCACUAAGCUGGUAGGGGCAGGGUCCACUGCUAUAGGGGGUAUAUAUUGGUUGUUUGUGGCAUUGAGGGGGUACGUGUAACCUUUGUGGAUUGCAACUCAUUGCCAUCUCGCCAUCAUUCUCUGCUGCGGCAGCAACACUUCCUGGAAUAACUGUAACCAUGGCGUUCUACAGGCAUUCAGGCCCACGUCACUACAUCAGCUCCACCAUGACUGACCGCUUCGACUGCUUCUACUGCCGUGACAACCUGCAGGGCAAGAAGUACGUGGAGAAGGAGGGCAAGCACGUCUGCGUCCGCUGCUUCGAGAAGCUCUGCGCCAACACCUGUGCCGAGUGCCGCCGCCCCAUUGGUGCAGACGCCAAGGAGUUGAACCAUAAGAAUCGCCACUGGCAUGAGGACUGCUUCCGCUGUGCCAAGUGCUACAAGCCGCUGGCCAACGAGCCCUUCUGUGCCCGCGACGACGGCAAGAUCAUGUGUGGCAAGUGCAACUCCCGCGAGGAUGGCAACCGAUGCCAGGCCUGCUACAAGGUCGUCAUGCCAGGCACCCAGAAUAUUGAGUACAAGAACAAGGUGUGGCAUGAGGAGUGCUUCACCUGCUUCGAGUGCAAGAAGCCCAUUGGCGGAACGAGCUUCCUGACCAAGGGAGACGACAUCUACUGCGCUCCUUGCCACGAGAAUAAGUUCGCCAAGCACUGCGCUGGCUGCAAGCAGGCUAUCACCUCUGGUGGUAUCAGCUACCAGAACCAGCCCUGGCACGCUGACUGCUUCGUGUGCCGCACCUGUAAGAAGCCCCUGGCCGGAGCCUCCUUCACCUCCCAUGAGGACGGGGUCUACUGCGUGGACUGCUACAAGAGCCAAGUGGCCAAGAAGUGCAAUGGCUGCCAGAACGCCAUCACAGGCUUUGGCAGGGGCACCAACGUGGUGAACUACGAGGGCCACAGCUGGCAUGAGUACUGCUUCAACUGCAAGAAGUGCUCCCUGUCCCUGGCCAACAAGCGCUUUGUGCUGCACGGAGAGGCCAUCUACUGCCCUGACUGCGCCAAGAAGCUGUGAACAGGGUUAUACAGCAAUAUACUGUAAUACAGCAACACCAAGUACUUCUUCACCCUCCCCUUAACUGAAUACACCUUCAAACAUUUGCUUUACUACAUUUAAUGGGCUGUAAACUACACCAAUGGCAGAGGAGAGGGAGAGACCCAUUUCCAUUUAGCUUUAAAUGGCAGAUGAUUUCACUACCAGCCUAUAGGGUGAACCAGAGGUGAAAUUUACUUGGUGUUGCUUUAAGAGAUCCAAGAGUAGAGGAUCUCGCAUGAGAGUUAAUCCUUGUAAUGUGUAACAUCAUGUUUUUGUUUUAACUGCAGUGCCAAAGAAAAAUGAAUGGACGAGUAAGUGUAUUAGCUUGCCAUAGAAUGUGCGAAGAAGACUGACCUAAAUGGGAGAUAGACUGAGUGCCAUGUCAGUGAUAAACGUGCAAGCCUAUUUGCAUUGUAAGCAUUUUACUAGAAACACCAUUCAAACAGUACCUUUAAGUAACCAAAAAUAAUUAUCAUGUUUGCUCAUCAUGACCGCAACUAUGCUUUAAGAUCUUCCGCAUUAAUCAAGUCAGUGCUUUUAGAUGGCUACCUUAAGAUAUGCAACUAACACUUUUGUCUUUGAAGAAAAAUAAAAAGCCAAGCUUUACUGGAAUAAUCAUCAGCCAAUGUUUAAGUGCUACAAAUACUGUAUCUGCUUCUGUGUGCUUCAGCCUACUUGUAUUGCACUUUUGGACUGAAUGUGCCUCCCCCUGUGUGGGAUGUUAACGGAAUACUGGCUUAUAGGCUACAGCACUAAUUCAAGUAAAUAGGGAAAAAUAUUUCAGCAUUAAAGCCUACAUGAAUAA